AUGAGCUCUCUUGUCUUCGUCGUGUCCUCGCUGGAGGCCAUCCACGCCUCCAAGGAUGCCCAGCGGAAUAAGCAGCUGGUCGAUCUGACCGACAAGGCCCUCGCCGCCAUCAAGGACGCCCAGGCCCAGUCGCAGCUGCCCGACCCCGACGUCGUCUUCGCCCCGCUGCAGCUGGCCACAAAGACCGGCAGCGCCCAGCUCAUCAACAUCGCCCUCGACUGCAUUGGCAAGCUCAUCUCCUCCUCCUACUUCUCCGCCCCCGCCGGCACCGGCCCGACCCAGGACGAUGGCACCGAGCGCGCCCCCCUGAUCGACCGCGCCAUCGACACCAUCUGCGACUGCUUCCAGGGCGAGACCACCGUCGUCGAUGUCCAGAGACACAUCGUCCAGGCCCUGCUGGCCGCCGUGCUCAAUGACAAGAUUGUCGUCCACGGCGCCGGCCUGCUCAAGGCUGUGCGCCAGGUCUACAAUGUCUUCCUGCUCUCCCGGAGCACCGACACCCAGCAGGCCGCCCAGGGCACCUUGACCCAGAUGGUCGGCAUGGUCUUUGAGCGCGUCAAGGCGAGGCUGCACAUGAAGGAGGCCCGCAUGAACCUCGGCAAGCUGAAGCACAGCUCGAGCAACGUCACCUUUGACGGGCCGGAAUCUACCAACGGCAACAGAGACGCCAACGGCCACCCGGCCGACCCCGAAGCGGACGUAGACGCCGACGGAGAAGCCGACGGCGAUGAAGACGAUGAUGCCACAUCGGCGGCGCCCACGUCCGACGCCACCCCUUCCGAACCCGCCAACGACGACGGGGCCGCCGGCAAGCUCACGUUGAAGGACCUGGAGCACAGGAAGAGCUUCGACGAUUCGAAUCUCGGCGACGGGCCGACCAUGGUCACCCAACUGAAGCCCAAGAAGACGGCGAGGAGUGUUUCCGAGCACACCGUGGGCGAGAGUGUCCAAGAAGACUCCCCCGAGUCGCUGGAUGCCGAGGAUGAGGUCUAUAUACGGGACGCCUACCUGGUCUUCCGCUCCUUCUGCAACCUCUCAACCAAGAUCCUUCCUCCGGACCAAUUAUAUGAUCUGCGCGGUCAGCCGAUGCGCUCCAAGCUCAUCUCCCUCCACCUUAUCCGUACCCUUCUCAACAACCACAUUCACGUCUUUACUUCGCCCCUUUGUACUAUUACCAAUGCCAAGACCAGCGAGUCUACCAAUUUCCUUCAGGCCAUCAAGUAUUACCUGUGUUUGAGUAUCACGAGAAAUGGCGCAAGCUCCGUCGACCGCGUCUUUGACGUCUGCUGCGAGAUUUUCUGGCUCAUGAUGAAGUUCAUGCGGGCCCCUUUCAAGAAAGAAAUCGAGGUCUUUCUCAAUGAGAUCUACCUGGCCUUGUUGGCGCGCCGCAGCGCGCCGCUGAACCAGAAGCUGUACUUUAUUUCCAUCCUGAACCGCCUGUGCAGUGACCCGAGAGGUCUGGUGGAAACUUACCUGAACUACGACUGCGACAGAACUGUCGUCAAUAACCUCUUCCAAACUAUUAUAGAAGAUCUCUCCAAGUUUGCCGUUGCCCCAGUUGCGGUCACCCCUGCCCAGGAGCAGCUAUACGAGGAGAAGAUGGCCAAUCCCAAUCACGGAUCUGAAUGGCAGCUGAAGGGCAUGCUACCUCCACCACUGACUGUUGUACAUAUUGUACCUCCGAGCGAGCCUGAGCCCGAGGUGCCCAAGGAAUACGCUCUGAAGAGGACCGCACUCGAAUCAUUGGUCGACGCGCUCCGGUCUUUGGUCAAUUGGUCCAUGGUUGGCCGUCCGGAUAUGGGCGGCGGCGCUGCCAGUGGUGAUAACAGGGGUUCGACCGACGACAUUCGCGAGUCCAUUGACCCAUCCGUCAGUGACAGUGUAUCUCGCAUGGAGACUCCUCUACCUCCUUCAACGCCGGUGAUGGAGGAUGAUCCGGCUCAGUUGGAGAAGGAAAAGGCCAGGAAGACUGCCAUGUCGAAGUGCAUACGGCUGUUCAACGAAAAGCCGAAGAAGGGCAUCAAGCUCGCGCUGCAAGAAGGGUUCAUCCCUAGCGACAGUCCAGAAGAUAUCGCUAGAUUUCUGCUGUCGCACGAGCAGCUUGACAAGGCCCAAAUCGGCGAAUACUUGGGUGAGGGAGAUGCGAAGAACAUCGAAAUCAUGCACGCAUUCGUUGACACCAUGGACUUUGCCAAACGGCGGUUUGUCGACUCUCUGCGUCAGUUUCUGCAGUCUUUCAGACUUCCCGGUGAGGCCCAGAAGAUCGAUCGUUUCAUGCUCAAGUUUGCGAACCGCUACGUCAUGGGCAAUCCCAAUGCCUUUGCCAACGCUGAUACUGCUUAUGUGCUAUCCUAUUCCGUCAUCUUGCUCAAUACGGAUUUGCACAGUGUCAAGAUGAAAGGCAAGCGUAUGUCCAAGGAAGACUUCAUCAAAAACAACAGAGGCAUCAACGACAACGCUGAUUUGCCGGAUGACUAUCUGACUGGCAUCUAUGACGAGAUCGCCGGCAAUGAGAUUGUCCUGAAGAGUGAACGAGAAGCUGCUGCUGCUGCGGGAGCUCUGCCGUCCGCCACCUCAAGCGGAUUCGCCGCUGGCCUGGGGCAAGCCCUGUCCAACGUUGGGCGCGACUUGCAGCGAGAGGCGUAUGUCCAACAAUCCGAAGAGAUUGCCUUGCGGUCCGAGCAACUCUUCAAGACUCUCUUCAAGAACCAACGGCGGAGUGCUGCAAAGGCCGGCAUCAAAUUCAUUCCGGCUACUUCAUUUAGACAUGUUGGUCCAAUGUUUGACGUGAUCUGGAUGUCCAUUUUCUCCUCGUUGUCAAACCAAAUGCAGAAAGCUCACAACAUUGAGGUUCACCGGUUAUGCCUCGAAGGCAUGAAGCAGGCCAUCAAGAUUGCGUGCCUCUUCGACCUCUCCACACCUCGCGAGGCAUUCAUGACUGCUGUCAAGAAUGCCACCAAUCUCAACAAUCCCCAGGAAAUCCUUGCCAAGAAUGUUGAGGCGCUGAGGGUGAUUCUGGACCUUGGCCAAACAGAGGGCAACUAUUUGAGAGAAUCGUGGAAGGACGUGUUGAUGUGUAUCAGCCAACUGGAUCGUUUGCAGUUAAUAUCUGGAGGCGUCGACGAGGGAGCAGUCCCCGACGUAUCCAAGGCCCGCUUUAUGCCACCCCAGAGGACCGACUCGCAGGACCCGAAGAAAUCGGCUGCAUCAUCCCGACGACGCAACCGAUCAAACGCAGGCAACAGGGGCUUUUCCGUUGAGAUUGCCCUGGAAAGCAGAUCCGAUGAAGUCAUCAAGGGUGUGGACCGGAUUUUCAGCAACACUGCCCGCCUGAACGGAGAAUCCAUUGUGCAUUUCGCCAAGGCCUUGACCGAGGUCAGUUGGGACGAGAUCAAGGUCUCAGGAUCCAACGAGUCUCCCCGGACAUACAGCUUGCAAAAGAUCGUGGAAAUCAGCUACUACAACAUGACCCGUGUACGUUUCGAGUGGACCAACAUCUGGGCCGUGCUGGGAGACCACUUCAACAAGGUCGGUUGCCACAACAACACCGCCAUUGUGUACUUUGCUCUAGAUUCCUUACGACAAUUAUCUAUGCGCUUCAUGGAGAUCGAGGAAUUGCCCGGUUUCAAGUUUCAAAAGGACUUCUUGAAACCCUUCGAGCAUGUCAUCGCAAACUCCAACAACCUCACCGUCAAGGAUAUGGCACUUCGGUGUCUGAUUCAGAUGAUCCAGGCGCGGGGUGAAAACAUUCGGUCUGGUUGGAGAACCAUGUUUGGCGUCUUCACGGUUGCGGCCCGUGAUCCGCAUGAGUCCAUUGUGGCUUUGGCUUACGAGAACGUGACCCUUAUAUUCAGGACGCGGUUUGGCGUGGUGAUUUCGCAAGGUGCAUUCACAGAUCUGAUUGUGUGCCUCACCGAGUUCUCGAAAAACAUCAAAUUCCAGAAGAAGAGCUUGCAGGCAAUGGAGACUUUGAAAUCCAUUAUUCCUCGCAUGCUGAAGACGCCUGAGUGCCCGCUGUCGGAGAAGUACAACCAAGCAGGGUCAGCAAACGCCAAUGCACUGAAAUCACCAGACGUGCUCAAUAGGAAACAGAGCGGAACGUCGGUGGAAGAAGGCUUCUGGUUCCCUAUCCUGUUUGCCUUCCACGAUGUCUUGAUGACUGGCGAAGACCUCGAAGUGCGUUCAAAUGCAUUGAACUACUUCUUUGAGGCUCUUCUAAAGUAUGGCGGCGACUUCCCUCCUGACUUCUGGGAUAUCCUUUGGCGACAACAGCUCUAUCCCAUCUUCAUGGUUCUCAGAUCACGUCCGGAAUUGUCGAAUGCUCUGAACACGGAGGAACUGUCCGUAUGGCUGUCGACAACCAUGAUACAGGCUUUGCGUAACAUGAUUGUAUUGUUCACGCAUUAUUUCGACUCGCUGGAGUACAUGCUUGAUCGCUUCCUCGAAUUGCUGGCCCUUUGUAUCUGUCAAGAAAAUGACACUAUCGCAAGGAUCGGUAGCAACUGUCUGCAGCAACUGAUCCUGCAAAACGUGACCAAGUUUGACGGGGAGCAUUGGUCCAAGAUAGUCGGUGCCUUUUGCGAGCUGUUCGAGAGAACUACUGCCUACCAACUCUUUUCGGCCACAACUAUCAACGCCCCGACCUUGUCCCCUCCACCGAACGGUUUGGGUUUCGAGGUGCCGCUCACUCCAACGGAGGCAACGGCGGAUGAGAAGUCGCUCAAGAUGAACGGCGCCGAAAAGAACGGUCUCCAGUCUGACGCGGAAUCCAUACCGCCAACGCCCGUCCAGGACGACGAAUCGCUUCGCACACCGACUGCCGCUUCGAGUGGGACUGCACCGCUCGAGGACUACAAGCCAUCCUCCACUUUACAGCAGCAGCCCGUCGUCGUGACAGCUGCCCGCCGGCGCUUCUUCAACCGCAUCAUUUCACGCUGUGUUCUUCAGCUCCUGAUGAUUGAGACGGUCAAUGAGCUCUUUUCCAAUAAUGAUGUCUACGCGCAGAUCCCAUCAAUGGAGCUUUUGAGACUCAUGGCGUUGCUCAAGAAGUCGUUCCUGUUCGCACGCCGUUUCAACAAUGACAAGGAGCUCCGCAUGCGUCUCUGGCGCGAAGGUUUCAUGAAACAGCCACCGAACCUGCUGAAGCAGGAAAGCGGUGCCGCCGCGACCUACAUCCAGAUCCUCUUCCGUAUGUUCGCCGACACAUCACCGUCAAGGGCGGAGAGCCGGCCCGAGGUGGAGAAGGCUCUCCUCCCACUGUGCAAGGACGUCAUCAAGGGCUACAUUGCCCUGGAAGAGGAUUCUCAGCAGCGUAACAUUGUGGCUUGGAGACCCGUGGUUGUCGACGUGCUCGAGGGCUACUCGACCUGGCCAGAGAAGGAGUUCGAGGAGCACGUCCAUGCAUUCUACCCGCUCGUCGUCGAACUCCUCGCUAAGGAGGUCAGCGCCGAUCUGCGGGCCGCGCUGCUCGCCGUCCUCAGGAGAGUCGGCGAGGUCGCACUAGGCAUCGAGAACAUGACCUUCGGUGGCAGCAACGGCCGCAGGGAGAGUAUUGUCAGCGUGGCGACGGAGACCGGGCUCGGCGGCCAGGGUGAGGAGGAAGGCGAGGUCGGCACGAGAACCAUGAGAGGCGAUGCCUAG